AUGGCAAUAUCUCGAUUGACACCGGUCAGGGAGGAUUCUAACGUUAAGGUUCUGACCGAAACCCCCGAUCGCAUACAUCCUCGAGACUUGUCCAACUCUCUAUCCUACCUUUACGGCGAGAAGCGUUUCAAAAUUUCCUUACAGCGGAAUAUCUACCUCAUAUAUAUCUAUUGCCAAGCAGAAGAACAUGGGCUUAUCUCAAACUCGGGUCAAGGACAUGAUUUAAAACAAAGAAUUCAGGAUUUCAAACUAGCUCAGCAGAAGCUAAAAGAGGCUAGUUUAUACAGGAUAUAA